GUUUAAAAGAAAAGCAAUAAAAAACUCACCAUUGGAUAUGUGUCUUUGUAAUAAUCCACAGUGAAGAGCCAAACAUUGUUGAAAAUGAUUAGUCUUUCACUGUUACUGUGCUGCCUCUUUUGUUUGCCAUUCAGUUGCUCUGCUCAGGACUGUUUGAACCACCCAACUUACAGAGCUCCCACAAACUCGGACAUCACUGUGAAAUGUGGCUCUCAAAUGGUGGAGUUGACUAUUUUACUCUGCCCUGUCUACUUUUCUGGGUAUAAUGAGUCUACAAUGGUACUCAAUGGCCAGCAACGCAGUUUCUUAUGCCCAUGGUUUGCGGAUUGGUCCGUGGAUCCACCUGUUCUAAAGUACAACUUGUCCAUAGCUGACAUCACAAGCUGUGGUGGCACCUCAAUGAUAAAAGAAGAGGUGGGUUCCGGGAUUUUUUCUGAAUACUCCAAGGUGGAAUACAUAUAUCUGACUGGAAUCAUCACCUCAACAGACUUCAUUGACGGAGCCAUAAGCUACAAACAGGAACUGAAGUACAUCUAUUCCUGCCAAUACCCCUUACAGUACAUGAUCAACAACACUCAAAUGAGCGUGACAGGAGUAAGUGUUGCAGUAAAGGACAAGAAUGGAUCCUUCAUCAGCACUCUGAGCAUUCAACUUUAUGAGAACCGAAACUAUGCGAAUAAGCUGAUUAUUCCGACAAGUGGCUUACAGCUGAAGAAAAGAAUUUUUGUUGAAGUAAAAGCAACAAAUCUGACUGACAGGUUUAAUGUUUUGCUGGAUCGCUGCUUUGCCUCUACCCAGUCCAUUCCUCUUAACAGUUCCUAUUAUGAUCUCUUUGUUGGCUGCAGCAAGGAUGGCCAGACAGUGAUAGAAAUCAAUGGUCUACAACAGGUGGCCCGCUUCUCAUUUGAGGCCUUCCGAUUCGUGGAACACAGAAACCUCACUGUUUCCACCUUCUACCUGCACUGCAUCACCAGACUUUGCGAAAAGUCAGCUUGCAGUUUAUUCCGACAGAACUGCACAGCAAAGCGUCGGAGAAGAGAAGUAGAUCUAGCUCAGACAGGAACUGAUAAAACAACCGUGAGCUCAGGUCCAAUCUACACCAUGGUGGAAAGCGCUAUUCCCGCAAGUGUCUCUUCAAAAGCCGCACCAGAAGUGGAGCUGAACAGAAUUGCCACAGGAUUGGGCAUUGUGGUCUUCAUUCUGACAGCAAUCUGCAUUGCACUGCCUGUCUUCAUGUUCCUCUAUAAUCGGCGACCAGGAAAGAAAGCUUAGCCAUGAUACAGAGGGCCUCAUUCAUGAAACGUUCGUAGAUGUAAGUGAAAAUAUGAGUGUAAGAAAGAUUAAUACCAGGGUUAUCAGACACGCAUUGAUUAUUGAAACUCAUUAUAUCAUGUACCUGAUAUAAUAAACCUCACUGAAUUACAGGCUAGGUUUGUAGGCAGAUCUCUAGAGCAAAUAAUAUACAAUUACUGUACAUCUGAAAGCCAAUUUAUACAUUGAGGAUGCUCCCUUAAAGCUGAAUUUAUCAAUGUAUACAUCUCACCAUGAAAGACAAUGGAAGGCAUGGAAAUUUCACACAGUUUGAUUUGGAGAAUUUUAUUAAAAAGGUGAAGUUUAGAAAAUUCUUUUUUUAGCAGUGCCAUAUUAUGUGGAAGUAAAGAGUGGAACAAGUACAUCUUUCCCAUAUGUCUGUUUAAUAUGUUGGCCUAGUAGUUACAACAUUGGAUUAUAAACUGCAAGGUUACAAGUUCAUUCCCCUCCACUAACUUCCUGCUUGGGACUCAGAGAAACAUUAAGCCUGCAUGUGCUAUAACAGUGAAAAGUCACUUUUGAAGAAAAAGUGAAUUUACUUUUAGCAAUAACUUUUAGUCUAUGUAUUAGUGUAGGAUGAGUGAGACUCACCAUGGUCAUUACUGGAUUGGUCUACUCUGGGAUUUUAUGCUUUACACACACAUACAGACACACAGUAGAUUCUGUUCACAAAACUAUAUACUGCAAGCAUCAUUCCUACACUGCCAGUCACACUUUAGUACCGUUACAAUCUUCAGCAUGAACAACAUAUGGGUAAACCCAGAUAUAACCCAGACCUAAGUUCUAAUCUGGUUUUCAAUAAUAUCCUACACACAAUGAAGGCUGAUACUGGUUGUUAAGUGGCCUAUAACCAAAAGGGUGUGAUGUCUUACUUCAACAUCACUGUUCGAUUAUUGGAUUGCCCCUCUCAGCCUCAUAAUCCUGCAGCUUGAAGUAAAUGACAGACUGCACUAUACCAGGUGUCCUAAUACUGUAUUUACUUCAUUAUGUCAAUCACUCUAGCUAUAAAGACAUGUACAGAAAUUUAAAAUGGAAAUUUAAAAACAACAUCAUAUUUAUUAAAGUACCAGUAAUGGCGUACUGCACGAUAAC